GCUCCCGGGCCUGAGAGUCUCGCUCUACCCCGUCAGGUGGAGCCAUCCCCUCCUCGCCGGGAACUGCGCGCAGGCACCUUGCAGCGCCAGGAGGUUAACCGAGCCCCUGGAGGAGCUCCAGUGAAAGGAGCCCUUCUGUCACUGGUCCCUCGCUCGCUCGCUGGCUGGCGGUGGGAGGAGCCCGGAGGAAGCUGUGCGCCCGGGAGGCCAGGAGCGGAGAUGGAUCUGCUCCGAGAGGGGACGCUGCUGAAGACCCGGGCUUCCCGAGGCGGCUAGAGAACAGCCACUUGUGCCGACUGGCUGCGGAGACCGGAGGCGCAGGAGCCGGAGGCCCCGGGGACGGCGGGACAGACAGCUGGUGGGCGACCGGGCUAGGACCGCGGCGCAGGCUGAGCCCCGCGAGCCGAGCAGGGGAAACUCACUGCGAGCCCAAGUUGCCCGCCGGCUCGCCCUCGCCGCGCCGAGGAAUGAAACCUUCCCAGCUCCACCUGCUCCUCGUCUGCUUCUUCCUCUUCAGUCAAGAGCUGGGCCUCCAGAAGAGAGGAUGCUGUCUGGUGCUGGGCUACAUGGCCAAGGACAAGUUUCGGAGAAUGAAUGAAGGUCAAGUGUACUCCUUCAGCCAGCAGCCCCAGGACCAGGCCGUGGUGUCAGGGCAGCCGGUGACACUGCUUUGUGCCAUUCCGGAAUACGAUGGCUUCGUCCUGUGGAUCAAAGACGGCUUGGCACUGGGUGUGGGCAGGGACCUCUCAAGUUACCCACAGUACCUGGUGGUGGGGAACCACCUGUCGGGAGAGCACCACCUGAAGAUCCUGCGGGCAGAGCUGCAAGAUGACGCCGUGUAUGAGUGCCAGGCCAUCCAGGCCGCCAUCCGGUCCCGGCCCGCACGCCUCACCGUCCUGGUGCCACCCGAUGACCCCGUCAUCCUGGGGGGGCCCGUGAUCAGCCUGCGGGCAGGGGACCCCCUCAACCUCACCUGCCACGCAGACAACGCCAAGCCUGCGGCUUCCAUCAUCUGGCUGCGGAAGGGAGAGGUCAUCAACGGGGCCACCUACUCCAAGACCCUGCUUCGUGAUGGCAAGCGUGAAAGCAUCGUGAGCACCCUCUUCAUCUCCCCUGGAGACGUGGAGAACGGGCAGAGCAUCGUGUGCCGGGCCACCAACAAAGCCGUCCCCGGAGGGAAGGAGACCUCGGUCACCAUCGACGUCCAGCACCCCCCGCUCGUCAACCUGUCCGUGGAGCCACAGCCCGUGCUGGAAGACAACGUCGUCACCUUCCACUGCUCUGCCAAGGCCAACCCGGCGGUCACCCAGUACAGGUGGGCCAAGCGGGGCCAGAUCAUCAAGGAGGCGUCGGGAGAAGUGUACCGGACCGCCGUGGACUACACGUACUUCUCCGAGCCCGUCUCCUGCGAGGUGACCAACGCCCUGGGCAGCACCAACAUCAGCCGCACCGUGGACGUCUACUUCGGGCCCCGGAUGACAGCGGAGCCCCAGUCCCUGCUCGUGGACCUGGGCUCGGACGCUGUCUUCAGCUGCUCUUGGACCGGAAACCCGUCCCUGACCAUCGUCUGGAUGAAGCGGGGCUCCGGCGUGGUCCUGAGCAAUGAAAAGACCCUGACCCUCAAAGCCGUCCGCCAGGAGGAUGCUGGGAAGUACGUGUGCCGAGCGGUGGUGCCUCGGGUGGGGGCCGGGGAGCGAGAGGUGACCCUGACUGUCAAUGGACCCCCCAUCAUCUCCAGCACCCAGACCCAGCACGCCCUCCAUGGCGAGAAGGGCCAGAUCAAGUGCUUCAUCCGGAGCACGCCGCCGCCCGACCGAAUAGCCUGGUCGUGGAAGGAGAACGUGCUGGAGUCGGGGACGUCGGGGCGCUACACGGUGGAGACGGUCAGCACGGAGGAGGGCGUCAUCUCCACCCUGACCAUCAGCAACAUCGUGCGGGCCGACUUCCAGACCAUCUACAACUGCACCGCCUGGAACAGCUUCGGCUCCGACACCGAGAUCAUCCGGCUCAAGGAGCAAGGUUCGGAAAUGAAGUCGGGAGCCGGGCUGGAAGCAGAGUCCGUGCCGAUGGCCGUCAUCAUCGGGGUGGCCGUGGGCGCCGGUGUGGCCUUCCUCGUCCUCAUGGCAACCAUUGUGGCCUUCUGCUGCGCCCGCUCCCAGAGAAAUCUCAAAGGCGUCGUGUCAGCCAAGAACGAUAUCCGCGUGGAGAUUGUCCACAAGGAGCCCGCCUCCGGCCGGGAGGCAGAGGACCACCCCACCAUCAAGCAGCUGAUGAUGGACCGGGGUGAAUUCCAGCAAGACUCAGUCCUCAAGCAGCUGGAGGUCCUCAAAGAAGAGGAAAAGGAGUUUCAGAACCUGAAGGACCCCACCAAUGGCUACUACAGUGUCAACACCUUCAAGGAGCACCACUCAACCCCCACCAUCUCGCUGUCCAGCUGUCAGCCGGACCUGCGCCCUGCAGGCAAGCAGCGGGUGCCCACGGGCAUGUCCUUCACCAACAUCUACAGCACCCUGAGCGGCCAGGGCCGUCUCUAUGACUACGGCCAGAGGUUCGUGCUGGGCAUGGGCAGCUCGUCCAUCGAGCUCUGUGAGCGCGAGUUCCAGAGGGGCUCCCUCAGCGACAGCAGCUCCUUCCUGGACACGCAGUGUGACAGCAGCGUCAGCAGCAGCGGCAAGCAGGACGGCUACGUGCAGUUCGACAAGGCCAGCAAGGCCUCUGCCUCCUCUUCCCACCACUCCCAGUCCUCUUCCCAGAACUCCGACCCCAGCCGACCCCUGCAGCGGCGGAUGCAGACUCACGUCUGAGGAUCCCCCACCGCCGGCAGGGAGGCGGGGGACUGGGGCCACGGCACGUCCUGGCUCUCCAGACGACAUGGGUACUUUGCAGAGGACCCCAGGACCAGCAGCCUCCAGGACAGCCCCAGAGUGCCUCUGCCACCGCCCUGCUCCGAAGCCCCGAUCAAGCACAAAUCUGGGUCCCCGUCUGCAGCUGGCCAGAGGCGCAGGGUGGGGUAGUGCCAGAGGACGCAGCUGAGUGCGCUGUGCUCCGCACUGGACACUUGGGUCCCCAGCCCUUUCCUGGAGGCCCCUCCCUUCCUGCUCUUCCCGCAGGCACUAGAGGCAGCUCUAACUUGGCUUUAAUGAAACUGCCGAUCACUCUCCAACCUCCCUGUGAGCUCUGUCCCUGGCUGCCCGUAAGCUCCACCCCCGCGCCUGUGCUCCCCUGCGACUCUAGGGAGAAGAGGUGAAGCGCUUCCCCACACUGAGCUGCCCCAGAGACCCCAGCGCCCUCUGCUGCUCAGAGCUGGAAAUGGCCCUGGACACAGGACCGUCUCUCACCACACUGGCUGGGAGCCCACCCCCAAAUUGUUUGGUGUUUUGUGUCCAUACUCUUGCAGUUCUGUCCUUGGACUGAUGCCUCUGAACUCUGGGGCGGGACUGGCCCAGUCAGUGACUGGGGUCUUGGGAGGGGGAGGGAGGGGAGGAGGGAAAGUGCAAACGUUCGGGGGAACAUCUGACCUGACACGCCCCGCCCCCUAGCCAGGCUGUGAGCCCCAGAGCCUUCCCCGCCCGACCCUGCUUUGCAUACUCCCUCUCCUCUACAGCACCUCAGAGUUAGCAUAAGGAGUGUGAGAGCUUCUCUGGUCAGCGCGGAGAGGGUUUCCUGGCAGAUGUAGGUUUGAGGGGACUAGAGGCCAGGUCUUUAGGGUGAUGAGACUCGCUUUCUCAGCUGAUGACUCUCCAGGGGCCUGGAUUCACACCAGGAACAGUGGCCCUGUCUCCUCAAGAUGCCACCGGCAAGAGAGACAGUACAUCAACACCUUAUCCCUCCUACUCCCCACGCGAGAAUAAAUGUUAGGGUUGUUACUCCAACAAAUUCGUGCUUUCCUUUUGUUCCCAAAGAGCCACAGGAAGGGCCCAAGAGCUUUGGGGACCCAGGGUCCUUUGCUCCUGUGUGAUUCCGUUUUCCUAGCUCAUGAAGGCAGCUGACCGCUCUGGUCCGGGUGCUCUGGUACCCGAGACAGGCUCCUCCCCCUGUGGCUGCGCCCAGCCCAGAGGGCUGCAAAAGCAAGACCCACAGCCACCUGACUUGUGCCAUCCACAGCUCAGUGGCACAGGGGUGGUCCCGGGCAUGGCAGGGGUCCUUCCAGGUCUUUCUCUCUGCAACAUUCUGCACGGGAAGUGUCCUUCCUUGGGGGUUCAGGGAAGGAGGCCCUCUUCAAAGAACCUAUGGCACCAAAAACCAUAACAUUCUAAGACUCAAAUAACGUUCCCAGAGUGUCCUUGCGUGGGUGGGAAGCCUGACAUGGGUGACAGCAGACGGGGAGGGACAGGCAAACAGGGCCAGGUGAGGGGGCUCGCUCAGGGAGCAGGAUUCACGUGCAACUUUGGAGAGCCCAAACUGCCCCUACGGUUGGCAUUCCUCACAGGUUUUAGGUCUUUCUUCUCCCACUUUCCCAUAGUCCUUACCUGUCACGGGAGCCUCAUCUCAAAGGUCUGUGCUUCUGUCCAUACGUGGAUUCUGGGAUGGCCCCAGCCCACAGAGUCUAUGCACUGCCUUCUUAGCACCUCCGCCUGGGAGGGUGUUUGGCUCCCACCAUGUUUCUUACUGCUUCAAAACUCCCAGAGCCAGAAAUGCCUUCCUUUGCAGCCCCCAGGCCCAGGGUAGUGGAAACUGAUGAGAAAUAUACGUGUACAUGCCAGUCUCAGAUGCUGCUCCUAGUGCCAUUCUGGCCCAGCACAGAGGCCAGGGCGUUGGCUCCUGAACAUGCUAGGUUAAUUUUUUAUUUAUUGAUUUUUAGAGAGGGGGGCAGGGAGAAAGAUCACACGUGAGAGAGACAUCAAUAUGUUGUUCCACUUAUUUAUGCCUUCUUUGGUCCAUUCCUGUACAUGCCCUGACCGGGGAUCGAACCUGCAACCUUUGGCUUAUUGGGAUGAGGCUUUAACCAAUCUCCCAAGGUUCCAAGAUCAGAUGUAAAAUGCCUUGGGGUGCUAGAAUAAGAAAGAAGAUGACUUACAAGGAUUUGUUCAUUAAUUUGUCCUGGUCUUCCCCAGGAAGUGGGUGGGAAAUCCUCCUCAUCCUCACCACAGCCUUCCUUGGCCCCUGCCCACCCCCACCCCUCACAGCUUUCAUAAUAGGGUGAAGGCACUCAUUCUUUCCAGACAUCUGAGGUUCUGACUCAGAACAACCGGAGCACAGGGGAGGAAGCUGUUGUCCCUCGGAGCAGAGUGAGUGUGCCUUGAACUUCAGGCAGCCCCAGAGUAAGCGUGUGGACUGUCGUAGAAGACGAGCAGAGAGUCUCAACAGGGGCCGAGCAAUCAAAGCUCAGACAUCCAGUGCCCCCUACCCCAGCCCCGCCAGCUCCCUUGGAUGCACAAAUACAGCAAGGACCACCGAAGGGACAAGAGGGCCUUGGCGAAGGAGAAGAACAGAAAGGGGGGAUUGGUAGCAUCUGGGGCUUCUGGAAUGUUGAGGCAUUGGGAAGGAGCCCAGACUGAGCUGUGUGCACCCCUCCUGGCCUCCAGCACCUUUCAUUUCUUGCACAGGAGUGAGGGUGCAAACAAGCUGUGGAGGGAGGUGUUA